CGGUUUGUCAGCUGGCGAAUGCUGCAAAAGGCGCGAAGAUUUUCGUGAAGGAUUCUUCUGUAUAUUUUUUUGUAGGAUAUAUUACUAUGGCCACAAAAAGUAGAACGUAUGGUAGGGGAAUUCUGCGCUUUAAUUCGUGGGAAACAUGCAGACGUCCAGGACAGCUACACAACUCGCAUGGUGCUCGUAAAUGCGAAGAAUCAGCUGCAUGCAUGCCGCGUGUUGAAAAUGGCAGUCAAAACCACGCGCAGAACGGCGGCGUAAAGUCAACAAACCUGAAUGAAACAACGGGAUCUUCGGAGAAGAAUACCGUGGGUAAGCUUGACAUUUCACGGAAGACAUUUUUCAUUUGAUAUCAUCCGCACAGUGAGAUGACUUGGAUCUCAAUGGGUAGCCUGUGUCAGUUAUCACAGGAAGACCACUCUAGUCCAAUUUGUCUUUGUUCAAAUUGUUGACACUGAAAUUGCUGUUAAAAUAAUAAGUAAAUUGUUCAAUAUGUAUUUAUGUACCACACAGUUAAAUCUUACACAUUUCUGAGGAAAAAGGCUGGACCCUUGUUGUCCUCUUGAUCAUAUAAUCAAUUCAAAAGAAAUUUUGCGAAACUAUGACAAGGGAAUAAACAAGCAACCACUGAAGACAGAAGAGGAGAGGUUAGGUUUAGACUGUAUGCCAUAUACAGAACCCUUGGGGUGAUUACUGCAGGAUCAAACCUUGCGCACAGAAGUGGAGUCACCGAGGGAAUCAGUACAUACCCAUCCUGAGCUUGGCAAAAACCCACGGGGGAACUACCCCCAGAUGGCUAUUUUUAAUAGGGGCAUGUGAUAGAUUUCUACCCCCUCAACAUUUAAAGAGUCAGAAAGUCCUGGGGACAAGGUUGAUACAAUCUCAUUAUCUUAAAUCCAAAUUUAAGAUGGGUUUAACCUUGGUUAAGAACGUGUGUGAAGCAGUGCUGAGAUCCUUGUUCUGCGAUGCCAAUGGACUUGACGAAUAACUGGAAGUGUGUUUCAAAUUACCUUCCAUAUUGAUUGGCAUAUCGACAAUGGCUUUUUUAACAGGCCAAUUAUGGUGUGUACUCAAAUCCUGGUAUACGGGUUAGGUCCCUGAACAAGGAUUUUGGUGCUGUUUCGUAGACAGAGUUUAGUUUCGUCUGUGGCGCAGGCUAAGAUGCGAGGUGCUUGUCAAUUUGAAUCAACUUUUAUAACUUUUUACUUUUAGCACCUGGAGUACCAACUGUACCUAAACAGACCGAUGAUAAACCUGUUAGACUUUUGGCCAAGUACAGUUAUAAAGGAAACCCAGACAGACCAGGUGGAUUUGAUGAGUUAACAGUUACACAAGGAGAGACGCUAGAAUUUUGUAGAGCUCACCCUAAAAACCCACAUUGGUGGGAAGCAAAAAAUAGAAAUGGCAAUGUAGGAUUUAUACCUGCUACCUACAUGAUGGUAUGUUAGUGAGUCUUGAACCUGAGGCCUGGUCUAAAAGUAAGGGGGGGAGGGCAGGCCCCACCCCUGGAUCUGUCACUGGAGCAUGAACAGGGAAUGCUGGGAAGGAAAAAGGGAGAGAGGGCUUUUUCUCCCCUUCCCAGCACUCCUUUCACUCCCACUUUUGUUAAUAAUUAACUCAGAUAUCCCCCAAAAAGUGAUCACAAGAGACUGGGGACGAGGCAGGUGCAUAUCAGCAGUGAUGAGGAAGCCUGAUUGAUCGUCAUUUUUACAGUCUGUUGACUUAAAAAUACACUGUACCCAGGACUAAAAGUCCAGGGGGUAAAAUCACUGGUUACCAUACAAAUAACAUACCCUCUGUUUUUAAGCAUCUAUCCAACAACCAAUCAAUUCAUCAAUCAAUUAAUUUUCCUAGAAUUGCCAUUAACAUGAAACACUCUGCUCUAAGAAAAAUUGAAGGGAGCCCAGUACAUCCAGGGUGCCCUGCAUAUGUUUCUAACAAAAAUCGUAGAUCUGCUAUCUUCUGGGAGCAAAAGUUAGGCACCAGGGGGCCGCCGGGCACUGCUAGAGCACAGCCUUGUGCAAUCUUUAUGGAAUAAAAAUGAUGGUUGAUUUGGCUUAAAAAAUUAUUGAUGUUAAAUACAAUGCAAUUUAUUAGGAAAGAAAAUUUUGUCUGUAUGAUUGUUCGCUGGUAGGUCCUUGAAGACAAAAUUUCGGCUUUGCCUUGGCUUGAAGACAAAAAACAACAAUUGACUGAAGAGGAAGAAGAGAAAAAUAAAACUCUAGGAAUGUUUGGUCAACCUCCAAUCAAGCCUUAUGUCUCAGGUGGGAAAAUCAAUUAUGAGUAACAGCUGCCAAAUGUCUAGCCCAAGAAAGUACUGAACAUUUUGCACACCUUGCAAAAUGUUAUCUGAGGAACGACUGCAAAAAUUCCAUACUGAUUAUGUGAUAGUGGUUCUUUGGUGGUUGUGUGAGGAAAAUUUCCUUCAACCAUUCGGAAGCACUACCCAAACAUACCGUAGGUAGUGACAUGUCACUAGUAAGCAGUUCCUGUAGUUGUUCCUCAGAUGUCAAUAGGGACUUUAAGAUCCAAUGACGUGAUGGCAACGAGAAUAUUGCUUAAAAGUCAAUUUGCAUUUUUUCAGUCUCUCUCGCAAUAUUAUUAUUCCUACCUACAUAUUUUGUGAAAUGUAGGCGAACCCUCCUGAAGUUGAAUUCCAAGGGACCAUAUCCAAGUUCAGAGAGAGAGAGAUUAUAUUUCUUUGUUGCUUGUUUACAUUCUCCAUAAAACGUGGAAUUUCGGCAUUUUCACGUCGUAGUCAUGCAGUGACAACAAAGAAAUAUAUAAAAAAGCAUGAUGCACAUUUUUUUUUUUUUUUUUUUUUUAUUGCAAGUAAUACACACACAGAAAAGAAACAAAAAUUACACAGAAUAAAUAAAGUAAUAAAAAAAAAAAAAAAAAGUAACAAAUAAAGUAACAAAAAAAAACAAAUAGCGAAUUUACACACUUACAUGGCAAUAUACUUACAAAUAUUAAAAUACGUUACAGCAAUGGUAAUUCCAUGUAUUACUGUACUUAGUAUAAUCUAUAAUUAAUUUUUACAUUUUUUCUUUCUUUCUUUGUGGUGAAAGUAAUAUAAAUGCUCAUAGUAGGUGCACUAAUUUAUGUUUUUGGAGUUAGGAGACAAGACCCAGCGAGGAAAAGAAAGGUUUCCAUUUUUUUGUAUUGCGCGGUGUCUUAUUUUCUAAUUGGUAUAUAUGUCUCAGAUAAAACAAGAAAUUGUUAUGAAUUGGGAAACAUGAUGCACAUGCAAAGGUGUUGUUUCCCUUAUUAAACCUUUGACGUUCUCGUUGUGGUCGCGUCAUUGGAUCUUAAAGUCCCUAAUUUGUGAGGAAACCAUUAUAUUCACCUUUUGUAUCUCAGCUUGUAUGCUGACAGCCUGAGAAAACAGAGGACAUUUGGCAACACUACCACUGGUUUCCCCGUCAAAUGACAUCUGAGAAAUGAGCGCAGAAAUUCCAUUAAUUGAUGACGGGUCACUACCCAGAUCUGGGUAGUGCUUCUGAUUGCUUCAAUCCAAUUUUCCAUGUGGCAUGACUAAUCAGAACACUACCCAGAUCUGAGUAGUGAUGCAUCAUUAGUAUGGAAUUUCUGUGCUUGUUUCUCAGACGUCAUUUGGCGGGGAAACCAGCAGCAGUAGCAUGGCCAAGUGUAAGCUGUUUUCUCAGGCUAGUAUGCUGACCCAAUUGUGACACUUUCUGGUCUUCUCAGCCAAGCUGUGAUGCUUAAGAAAAUGGUUUGAUUUGUGUUUUCUCUUUAACAGCAUACGGAAACAAUGCAACAAAAGACAAUGCAAGCGAAAACUUCUUCUGUGAUGUUUGCAGCAAGAAGCUGAACGGACCUAUUCCUUAUAAAAUGCAUUUAAACAGCAAAGCACAUAAAGAGGAAGUUGCACUGAAAGAUGAGUUUGGCUAUUGAUGACUGCUGUAUCCAACAGAUAUUUUUUUGACGUACAAUGCCAAAGAUUCUACAGUUUGUACUUCUGUUCAAAUUUGGGAAAAAUUUCCAUUAGUUUCCUCUUCUUACCCCAGUUGUUGAAAAGGUGAAUAACCCUAUCCACCUGAUAAAUCUCUAUCCAGUGGUUAAUACAGUAAAUUUGACUCCUUAACAGGGCUGUCAACCGCCCACGUCUUCAAAUAUUGAUAAUUGACUGGGGAAGGGUUGAUAGACGGCAUCAUAAUGCAUGGCACAUGACUUCAUUUGUGAAAAAAAAAACGCACAAAAAAGAUGUUUGACCUAAUUGGUUUACUUCCCACCAAUCACAAAUAUUGCUUAUAUUACAAUGGCAUACCGGAGUUUGUGAGGAAAACUGUUUGAUGUUAACGGUAUGAUAGCUCAAACAACACAAAAUAUUUGAAAUUUCAUCGUCAGAAAAAUUCGAAUCUACAAGAAAUGGCAAACGUGGGCGAUUAUCCGGGAGAUUUCAGAUUCUAAUCUGAAGACCGGAAGAAACUGUUCAAAAUCUGGAGUCUCCCAGAUCCGGGAGAGUUGACAGCCCUGCCUUAAUCCACUAGAUGGUGACUUAUCCAGUGCAUAGCACUAUCCAAUGUUUGAACAACCGGGGCCUGAUAAACAUGGAGUGUGGAAAGGC